ACGGCCGGGCGGCGGAGGCGCCAAUGAGCGUGCGCCGCGUCCGGGGCCGGCUGGUGCGCGAGACGCCGGGGAGAGGGUCACAAUGGCAGCCACAGUAAGAAGGCAGAGGCCACGGAGGCUACCCUGUUGGGCCUUGGUGGCUAUCCUCUUGGCAGACCUUUUGGCACUGAGCGACACAUUGGCUGUGAUGUCCGUGGACCUAGGCAGUGAAUCCAUGAAGGUGGCCAUUGUCAAGCCUGGAGUCCCUAUGGAGAUCGUGUUGAACAAGGAAUCUCGGAGGAAAACUCCAGUGACUGUGACCUUGAAAGAAAAUGAGAGGUUUCUAGGUGACAGUGCAGCAGGCAUGGCCAUCAAGAACCCAAAGGCGACGCUCCGUUAUUUCCAGCACCUCCUAGGAAAACAGGCGAAUAACCCUCAUGUCGCCCUUUAUCGAUCCCGUUUCCCAGAACAUGAGCUAAGUGUCGACCCACAGAGGCAGACUGUGCGCUUCCAGAUCAGUCCGCAGCUGCAGUUCUCCCCUGAGGAGGUGCUGGGCAUGGUUCUGAACUACUCUCGCUCCUUGGCUGAAGAUUUUGCAGAACAACCCAUUAAGGAUGCAGUGAUCACCGUGCCAGCCUUCUUCAACCAGGCUGAGCGUCGAGCUGUGCUGCAGGCUGCUCGAAUGGCUGGCCUCAAGGUGCUGCAGCUCAUCAAUGACAACACCGCCACAGCCCUCAGCUAUGGUGUCUUCCGCCGGAAAGAUAUCAAUUCCACUGCACAGAAUGUCAUGUUCUAUGACAUGGGCUCAGGCAGCACUGUAUGCACCAUCGUGACCUACCAAACAAUGAAGACUAAGGAGGCUGGGAUGCAACCACAGCUGCAGAUCCGGGGCGUGGGAUUUGACCGCACCCUGGGUGGCCUGGAGAUGGAGCUUCGGCUGCGAGAACACCUGGCUAGGCUCUUCAAUGAGCAGCACAAGGGCCAGAAAGCCAAGGAUGUUCGGGAAAACCCACGUGCCAUGGCCAAGCUGCUUCGGGAAGCCAAUCGGCUUAAAACUGUCCUGAGUGCCAAUGCUGAUCACAUGGCACAGAUUGAGGGCCUGGUGGAUGAUGUGGACUUCAAGGCAAAAGUUACUCGAGUGGAGUUUGAGGAGCUCUGUGCAGAUUUGUUUGAGCGAGUGCCUGGGCCUGUACAGCAGGCCCUCCAAAGUGCUGAGAUGAACUUGGAUCAAAUUGAGCAAGUGAUCCUGGUAGGUGGGGCCACUCGUGUUCCCAAAGUUCAAGAGGUGCUGCUAAAGGCUGUGGGCAAGGAGGAACUAGGAAAGAACAUCAAUGCCGAUGAAGCGGCUGCCAUGGGGGCCGUGUACCAGGCAGCAGCACUCAGCAAGGCCUUCAAGGUGAAGCCAUUUGUUGUGCGCGAUGCCGUCAUCUACCCCAUCCUGGUGGAGUUCACACGGGAGGUGGAAGACGAGCCUGGGGUUCGAAGCCUGAAGCACAAUAAACGUGUGCUGUUCUCCCGGAUGGGGCCCUACCCUCAGCGCAAAGUCAUCACCUUUAACCGCUACAGCCAUGAUUUCAACUUUCACAUCAACUACGGUGACCUGGGCUUCCUGGGGCCUGAGGAUCUUCGGGUAUUUGGCUCCCAGAACCUGACCACAGUGAAGCUAAAAGGUGUGGGAGAGAGCUUCAAGAAGUAUCCUGACUAUGAGUCCAAAGGCAUCAAGGCCCACUUCAAUCUGGAUGAGAGUGGGGUGCUCAGUUUAGACAGGGUGGAGUCUGUAUUUGAGACCCUGAUAGAGGACAGCCCAGAGGAAGAAUCUACUCUUACCAAACUUGGGAACACCAUUUCCAGCCUGUUUGGAGGUGGCACCUCAUCAGAUGCCAAAGAAAAUGGUACCGAUGCUGUACAGGAGGAAGAGGAGAGCCCUGCUGAGGGGACCAAGGAUGAGCCUGGAGAGCAGGGGGAGCUCAAGGAGGAAGCUGAAGCCCCAAUGGAAGAUACCUCUCAGCCUCCACCCUCUGAGCCCAAGGGUGAUGCAGCCCCUGAGGGAGAAAAACCUGAUGAAAAAGAAAGUGGGGACAAGUCUGAGGCCCAGAAGCCCAGUGAAAAGGGACAGGCAGGGCCUGAGGGUGUCCCUCCAACUCCUGAGGAAGAAAAAAAGCAGAAACCUGCCCGGAAACAGAAAAUGGUGGAGGAAAUAGGUGUGGAGCUGGCUACCUUGGACCUGCCAGACUUGCCAGAGGAUGAGCUGGCUCGCUCUGUGCAGAAACUUGAAGACUUGACCCUGCGAGACCUAGAAAAGCAAGAAAGAGAAAAAGCUGCCAACAGCUUGGAAGCUUUUAUCUUUGAGACCCAGGACAAGUUGUACCAACCUGAAUACCAAGAAGUGUCCACUGAGGAACAGCGGGAGGAGAUCUCUGGGAAGCUCAGCGCCACGUCCACCUGGCUGGAGGAUGAGGGAUUCGGAGCUACCACUGUGAUGUUGAAGGAGAAGCUGACUGAACUGAGAAAGCUGUGCCAAGGGCUGUUUUUUCGGGUAGAAGAACGCAAGAAAUGGCCAGAACGGCUUUCAGCUCUGGAUAAUCUCCUCAACCACUCCAGCAUUUUCCUCAAGGGUGCCCGGCUCAUCCCUGAGAUGGACCAGAUCUUCACUGAGGUGGAGAUGACAACGUUAGAGAAAGUCAUCAAUGACACCUGGGCCUGGAAGAAUGCAACUCUGGCCGAGCAGGCCAAGCUUCCUGCCACAGAGAAGCCUGUACUGCUUUCAAAAGACAUUGAGGCCAAGAUGAUGGCCCUGGACCGUGAGGUGCAGUACUUGCUCAAUAAAGCCAAGUUUACCAAACCCCGGCCACGUCCCAAGGACAAGAAUGGCAACCGGACAGAGCCUCCCCUCAAUGCUAGUGCUGGUGACCAAGGGGAAAAGGUCAUUCCACCUGCAGGUCAGACUGAAGAGGCAAAGCCCAUUUUAGAACCUGACAAAGAAAAGCCUGAUGUGGAGCCAGCAGACUCCGAGUCUCUGGAAUUAGGAGGCCCUGGAGCAGAAUCUGAAGAGAAAGAGCAGCAGGCAGCUGGACAGAAGAGGCCUCUGAAGAAUGAUGAAUUAUAACCUGCCUCCUGCCUUCCCACUUGCCUCCAGCCCCUUCUCCUACAACCUCUAUUUAUUACAUGUCAGGGUUGGAGUGGGGGUUGGUGCCCUUAGGGCCUCAAGUUCCUUUUCUCACCUGGGGCAGAAGGUAGCUGCUCCAUGUCCCUGGAGUAGCUCCAUAGGGGAAACCAGCUCUAGUUGUGUCCCCAGCCCCACCCUCUGGUCUCCUAUUCUCUGGCUCUGUUUUUGGGGAAAAUCACUAUUAUGUCUUAAUUCUUUGCCUGUGGGUAAGAGAAUGGUUGCCAGUAGCUGUUGGAGACUGGGUAGUGGGAAGGAUGUCACG